AUGGCAAAACAAGCUAAGCUUCACCGAUCCGAUCAGCGUCCUGAAUCAUACACCAGCUUGAACUCUUCAUCAGCCACCGUCAAGCCGCAAUUAUAUGUCUUCAGCUCCGUUAUUGUCAGAGCCUGGAAUGCCACUCACAAAACAUCGAUCGGCAUGACGAUCAAAGCCCCCGCGAGCGCGAGAAGCCCCGUCGGGUACGGGCCGCUGAAGUCCAGGCGGGGGUGCAAAACCUGCAAAGCCCGACGAGUCAAAUGCGGAGAAGAGAAACCGUUUUGCCUCCGCUGCACCAGCACAGGCCGGCACUGUGAGUACGCGGGCACAACAUACGGGACAUUCUCGUCUGCAUCGUCCGCAACCACUAGCGCCAUCGAGACCACGUUGGCACGAUCUCCAUCACCAACUUCAACGAGAGCAUGGCGAGAGCGCCGCGCAUUUGCAUACUACUCCCAACAUGCCGCACCGAUCCUUGGCGGCCUGGACGUCGAAUUCUGGAGUACUAUUGUCCCCCGUAUAUGCCAUAGCGAGCCAGCCGUCUGGGACGCCAUUAUCUCUAUUAGCUCGUUAUUCGAGAGCUAUAAGCCCUCCAACCCUGUUCACAAGUACCGAGAUGCGUUAGGGUGGUACUCGCGUUCUGUCUCUGCUGUUCGGCAGCAGAUCGAGCGCGGCGGUGCAGACGUCUUCGUGGGCUUGAUUAGUUGUGUCUUGUUUAUCUGCAUCGAGGCACUGCAGGGUGGCACGCAGGAGGCACUCAGGCUAUAUUCCCAGGGAACGCACCUAGCUCUGGCGCUUCGCGAACAAAUAGCCAGCGGUGUCGUUCCAGCAACCAAGGGUUCAUUGUUGGAGGAGACGAUCGUUCCGAUCUUUGCGCGUCUUAGCGUACUAGCCAAUUCCGAGUCCAAGGCAGCAGUCAAUGUUUUGUUGCGAGGUACAGACCGGCUCUUGAUGCCAGGUUUCAUCUUUCCCUCGCUCAAGGCCGCCCGCGAGGCAAUAUUUGUUCUCAUGGCUGAGACACAGUUAUUCCAGGAAGCGUGCGAAAAGCACCACGAUACCACAAAUGAGUACAAUGUCCCCGACCAUAUGAUCUCGCAGCAGAUGGCAAUAUUGUCGAGAUUGCGGACUUGGCAUGGAGCAUUUACUGCCCUAACCACUUCUCUACGUCAUCGAGAAACGCCGUUAUCACCCCAGCAAACCAAAACAAUCGCCCUCCUUUACACCCACCACGAAAUGCUCUACAUUAUAACAUCCACUUGCGUCUCCCGCUUCAAGACUACAACAGAUACCUGUCUGCCAAAUUUUCAAACAAUAGUCGAGCAGUCGCGCAUCGCACUCGACGCAUCAAACCGCCCAGACGGGACUCAGCCACCCUUCACAUUCGACAUUGGAGUCGGGUUUCCGCUCUGGUUUGCUGUUCUGAGAUGUGCAGAGCCCUUGACGAGACGCGAAGCAAUAACACUGCUAAAGCGGGCGCCGCAAGUGCAGGGCUUUUAUGCGAGGACUUUUGGCGUUAAUUUUGCGCAGGCAGUUGUGGAUGUUGAGGAGGCGUUUGCUAAGUCUAUGGCUGUGUCUAUCGAAAUGGAUAUAGGCAUGGCCGCGGUUGCCGCUACCACCGCCCCGAAAACACUCUCUCAGAGUCCUUCAGUGAUUUGCCUCGGCAGCCCAUGUAACAGCGGUAGGGUCUCAAUAAACAGCACUAGCAGAUCAGUAUCGAGCUCUUCAAGUCCACCUCCGACCCCAGCCAACCUGAAAAUACCCGAAGAAGCACGGAUAAAACCAUACGGGAUCUUUCUUCCGCGAAACGGGAUUCCUCCUGGGACAAAUGAGGAAGACGUCGCAAAGUGGAAUUUGAGUCCUAAUCAGCCGUUCCUGCAGUACUCCCGGAAUCUAAUUGACCCCGUAACUGGUGUUUGGAGGGUUGUUCAUGAGGUUAUUCCGAUUACAAUUGAUACUUGA